GCGCUGGAUUCUUCCAACUAUUUGACAACGGUCUUGUCGACUAUUAUGUAAAUGUGAAAAACGCGUAAUUUAGUGAAAUAAUGUUUUAAUUUAGGUUUGAUUCAAGAUGUUGCGUUCUGCUUUGAUCAACAAUCCAAUAAAAUUGGAUACCAAUUUGUUGAGGGGUAGCUUUGCUUUAGUGUCAAGAAAACAAACAACUUUACCUGUGUACGAAGAUGGCAAAACAGAUGCCCCCAAACAACCCUAUUCACCUUUCCAAAAUACUAAAUCAUGGGGAGAAUAUACUCUAGCUAGACUUGAUGAUGUUUUAAAUUGGGGGCGCAAAAGUUCUCUGUGGCCAAUGACGUUUGGUUUGGCAUGCUGCGCUGUAGAGAUGAUGCAUAUGGCUGCACCACGAUAUGAUAUGGACAGGUAUGGUAUAGUGUUUCGUGCAUCACCUCGUCAAGCUGAUGUUAUGAUUGUUGCUGGAACACUUACAAAUAAAAUGGCUCCAGCGCUUCGAAAAGUUUAUGAUCAAAUGCCUGAACCACGUUGGGUAAUCUCUAUGGGUAGUUGUGCUAAUGGAGGAGGUUAUUACCAUUAUUCAUAUUCUGUAGUCAGGGGUUGUGAUAGAAUAGUACCAGUUGACAUAUAUGUACCAGGAUGUCCUCCAACUGCAGAAGCUUUGUUAUAUGGUUGUUUACAGCUUCAAAAGAAAGUUAAACGAAUGAAAACCCUGCAAAUGUGGUAUAGAAAAUAAAUUAUUGAAAAGGAGAAUAUUAAUUAUAAAAAAUAUGCUAUAUCAAAAGUGUAGAAAUAUGUUUACAGUAAUGUAAACAAAUUUUAUUUUUUCUUCACUAAUUAU